AUGAACUCCAGACCGACAUUUUACGUCUUCCACAAGAAAGUCAGCAAAGCCGUGACAAGUAUCGGUACAAGCCCUUGGGACGAAUCUUGCAAGCGUCGUCGGAAGGCUGCUGCUGGUGCACUGAACCGUCCACGUGUAGAGAGCUAUGCGCCGAUUCUUAACUUAGAGGCAAGAGAGUUCCUCAGAGAUCUCUACUCGGAAAGUAGAGAUGGCUCGGUAGCGAUCGAUUUUCGCCCUGCUGUCCGCAGAUUCGCGCUCAACCUUAGUUUGACCCUCAACUACGGCACCCGCGUGUCUAACUUGACAUCUCUCAAAGAUGAUCCCUUGCUAGCCGAAAUUAUUUAUGUGGAGUCAGAGAUUUCCAAAUUCCGAGAUACCGGGAAGAACUAUGCCAACUACAUCCCUCUUCUUCGGUAUUGGGAACCAGUCGCCAACGUUUUGGGUCUCAAUUCCAGCCCUAGGGACCAUGCUGCGAAUAUCGGACGUCGAAGGCUAGAGUACAAUGAUGCUUUACUGGACAAGCUGAGAGGAGAGGUCGAACGAGGAGAGGAUAAGCCUUGCAUUCAAGGGGCUGUGCUGAGAGAUCCGGAGUCUGCAACACUUACUCGGCAGGAGUUGAUCAGCGUCUCUAAGGGUGCCGAUUCCAAUCAGCCGACCCUGGCUUGGGCCAUUCUACUUCUAGCUCAUCGCCCCGACGUUCAGAGGAAGGCAUACGAAGCCAUUAAAGACUCGGGAGUCUUGCAGAAGCCGUCCAGUUCUUAUGCUUCUACCAAGGUUGAUUACAUAGAUGCUCUCACGAAAGAGAUCGGUCGCUAUUUCGUUGUCCUGAAGCUCGCCUUGCCGAAGGCCACAUACACCGACGUCACUUGGGGCUCCGCAACGAUUCCUGCUAACACCCUCGUGUUUCUUAACAGUUGGGCUUGUAAUAGAGAUUUGGAUUUGUUUGCCGAGCCCGAUGUCUUCGCACCUGAGCGCUGGCUCCCCGACGCACCUGACCAGUACGCUCAUCAAUUUGCUUUCGGCAUCGGCGGACGCAUGUGCGUUGCAUCUCAUCUGGCGCACAACGCCCUGUACACUGCGUUCCUUCAUCUGAUUGCAUACUUUGAGAUCUUUCCCGCCGAUGGGCAAUCUUCCGAUGAGAUAGAUCCAAUCAAGGGCUUGAAGGGAUUGGCGUUUGUGGCGACGCCUAAGGGCUCUCGGGCCCGGUUCGUGCCAAGAAGGGACAUGGAGUUGGAAAGUCUGCUCAACAGCCGCGAAGAUGGCACAGCUUAA